AUGGCAGCACGCUGGCUGUGGUUUGACGUGGGCUGGCUGUUUGCGAUGGGGGCAGAGCUGGGGAGCGGAAGACGAGCUUACUGCACGUCCCAGGCCUUCACGGAGGUUCUACGGCUGCCAAGCAAGCAGCUGACGAAGCUCGUGUUCCCACUGCAAGAACUCGAGCGGCAUUUCGUCCCGGGCUCGAGGCCCGACCUUCACCUGAAGAUCUUCAACCCAAGCCUGGAUGACAUCGCGAGGGCGGAGAGCGUCUUCACGGCUUCCUCGCGGAACCGCAUCGAGUACCUCAGCUCCGCCGUGCGUCUCGACCACGCCCCGGACCUCCGCCGCCCGGAGGUGUGUUUUAUAGGCAGAAGCAAUGUUGGAAAAUCCUCUCUAAUAAAGGCUUUAUUUUCACUUGCCCCAGAGGUUGAAGUUAGAGUCUCCAAAAAACCGGGCCACACAAAGAAAAUGAAUUUUUUCAAAGUUGGAAAAUAUUUUACAUUGGUGGACAUGCCAGGUUAUGGCUAUAGAGCACCUGAAGAUUUUGUUGACAUGGUAGAAACCUAUCUAAAAGAACGAAAGAAUUUGAUGAGAACAUUUUUGUUAGUGGAUAGUGUUGUUGGAAUUCAAAAAACAGACAACAUUGCCAUAGAAAUGUGUGAAGAAUUUGCAUUACCUUAUGUGAUGGUAUUGACAAAAAUUGACAAAUCUUCCAAGGGACAUCUUUUAAAACAAGUCCUUCAGAUCCAGAAAUUUGUUGACACUAAAACACAAGGAUGUUUUCCUCAGUUGUUUCCUGUAAGGGCGGUUAGAGGACGGCGCCACACCUCUCCCAAGUUGUAUAUGCCCAAAUGCCAAGCAGUUCCUGUAGCUUGUCAGAAGCCAGGAGGCAAGGUGCAGUUGCCCAGUCCUGCUUGAAACUGGUUGCCAUACUAGUGGUCAGGUAAGAGGCCAAGAGGAUUUGAAGUGACAUAUGGGAGGUCUACCACACUGCUCUUAAAAUGACCAGUGUUUUAAUGCCACCCAAAGUGAUUAAAUUGGUAUUCACUAUGAUGACGCUAACAGUAUUUUCUAAUCUAAUUUACUGGAUAAGUUAUGGGUUUGUAUAUUUAAGAUUUCACUUUUAAAAAUUUAAAACAUUUGAAUUUAAGUUGUUUGGAAAAAAUAACAUAGAAUACUAUGUUCCCUAUAUAUAAAUUAUCAUUUUAUGGACACAUGAAGCUCUUUACAUUUUUCCCAGAAUUUUAAGGGGCAGAUGGGAGGAGGAGAUAAAGAAACAUACUCCAAAGGAACAUUAAUGAAGUAGAAAAAAAAUGCUAGGCUUAUAGUCUAAUCCAGUUUUACCUUAGACAAUUCACUGAACCACUCUGUUUUUUCCAGCGAAGGAUGACCUCCAAAGUCUCUUCCAGCUGUAAAAGUUUAUGAUUCUUAGACAAUAAUGCCACUAAAGAUGGAGGGACCUAAGCCCAGGGAAACCUACUAGCUCCACACGACUAGUGGAGGCAUGUGCAAAUAAAAGUAGACGCAAGACCUGACCUUAAAUCUUAGAAGCUGGUGGCUAUUUCUAGACUUGUCAUGAAUGAGACUUCCUUGGUAUUGUCCAUGUUUUAAAGCACUAAGUAGCUCUACCACCUUGUAGGAAACCAGGAGAAAUAUAAACAAUAAAAAGUGACUAGAGAUUGAUUAAGAACUCUGAAUUAAAUAGGAUAUUUAGCAAGGCUUCAGAAAAGGAAGCUAAACCAGCAUUUAUCUAACUUUGCAUUUUGGGCUACUUGCAUCAAAAUCACCUGAGCCCCUUAAUAAAAAUGCAGGCUUCUGGUCCUAUCCCCUAACCAUAUUUAUCGAUCUCUUUGGAAGGGACUCAAAACCUGCAUUUUUAAAUAACCCACCAAGUGAUUCUCAAAACAUCCUACAGUUUGAGAGCCUCUGAUACAGUAUUGUAGGUAAGUGGGAAAAUAUACAGAAAGCAGAUGAGGAAAGAACAAGGCCAGAUAAAGAAACAAAAGGAUGCUAAAAAAUGAUAGGAUGGCUGAGGAACGGAAGGAUGCAGUAUAUACUAGGGCACUGUUUCAUUUUUCUAUAAAUUACUGUAUAUAAACAGAAAACUUAAGCCUAUAACCUGCUGAACAAAUAGCUUAUUAACCUAAUUCUAGAAAACUAGAACAUUUGAAAGAUACCUCAAACUUCACAUCAUUAUUUGAAAAUAUGUAAGAUUUACCUUCUCAGAGCAAUUGUAUGAGCAACAUACAAAUAAUCAGAUGACAACAUCAGCACCAAAUUAUGAAUUUAUUUUUCGCCUCAUUGGGUUGGUUGAUUUUGUGUCUCCUUAGCUUUAUCUUUUCAUCUAACUUUCUCACCUACUUCUACUUUGUGUAUAACCACAAGUCACUUCACAUCCUUUUUGAAAAAAAUUUUAUUUGGACUCAGUCACUAGCACCCAAAUAAAUAAACAAAAGCCCCCACAAACUUUGUGGAACUCCAAAAGCAUUUUAAUAUGCCCUCCUGUGUAGUAAGGUUAACAAAUGAAGUGAAAUAAUGGUUGUGACCACUCCCUGGUAAUAGUGGCAAAACUUCUAUGACAAUUCUAACAGACAGAAGAGGGCACAACUGUUAAAAGCUACAAACCUUGGUGUUCAGAAGAGCACUUAGCUACAAUGGAGCCAUUAAGGCUAAAGUGACCUUUUUGGUGAUUCCUUGCUACUCCCCACCCCACUCCCCA